AGACGCGGAGACGCUCGGCUGGUUCCGCAGAAGAGACGAUGAGAUAAAGGUGAAGAUGUCGCAGGUGAAGCAGGUGGGACUCUUAGCUGCUGGAUGUCAGCCGUGGAAUAAAGAUGUUUGUGCUGCUAGUGGAGAUCGAUUCGCUUACUGCGCCACCCUCGCUAUAUACGUCUACCAGCUGGACCACCGGUAUAACGAGUUCAAGCUGCGGGCGAUCAUGUCCGAGCACAAGAAGACCAUCACGGCCAUCUCGUGGUGCCCACACAACCCCGACAUGUUCGCCAGUGCCAGCGCGGAUAAUCUGCUCAUCAUCUGGAACGUGGCGGAGCAGAAAGCCGUGGCUCGACUGGACAACACUAAAGGCAUCCCCACCUCUAUAAGCUGGUGCUGGAACACGAGCGACAGCGUAGCGUUCGUCUCACACCGCGGCCCGCUGUACGUCUGGGUCAUUUCCGGGCCCGACUCGGGGGUCACCGUACACAAGGAGGCCCACAGCUUCCUGUCUGAUAUCUGCCUGUUCCGCUGGCACCCCAUCAAGAAGGGCAAAGUGGUUUUCGGCCACACGGACGGGAGUCUGUCCAUCUUUCAGCCAGGCUCAAAGAACCAGAGGCACGUGUUGCGCCCGGAGUCUCUGGAGGGCACCGACGAGGAGGAUCCGGUCUCUGCGCUGGAGUGGGACCCUCUCAGCAGCGACUACCUGCUGGUGGCCAACAUGCACAACGGCAUCAGACUGCUCGACACGGACUCGCUGACCUGCGUGACCUCGUUCAGUUUACCCAGCGCUGCUGCGUCUGUACAGUGCCUGGCGUGGGUGCCAACCGCACCGGGAAUGUUUAUUACUGGGGACUCUCAGGUCGGCGUGUUGAGGGUGUGGAACGUCUCCAGAACGACUCCGCUGGACAAUUUUAAACUCAAAAAGACGGGAUUUCACGCUCUACACGUCUUAAACUCUCCACCAGCAAAGAAAGUCUCUAGCUCGACGUCCCCGUCCAAAAACCACUACACGUCCUCCACCAGCGAGGCCGUCCCACCCCCCACGCUCUCUCAGAACCAGGCCUUCUCCCUGCCGCCCGGACACGCCGUCUGCUGUUUCAUGGAUGGAGGAGUGGGAUUGUAUGACAUGGGGGCCAAGAAGUGGGACUUCCUCCGAGAUUUGGGUCAUGUAGAGACCAUAUUCGACUGCAAGUUCAAGCCGGAUGAUCCGAAACUCCUCGCUACGGCCUCGUUCGACGGAACCAUCAAAGUGUGGGACAUUAACACGUUAACGGCGGUGUACACGUCCCCCGGCAAUGAAGGCGUCAUCUACUCGCUGUCCUGGGCUCCCGGAGACCUGAACUGCAUAGCAGGAGCCACAUCUAGGAACGGGGCGUUCAUCUGGGAUGUGAAGAAGGGCAAAAUGAUCACAAGAUUUAAUGAGCACGGUAAGAACGGAAUCUUCUGCAUCGCUUGGAGCCACAAGGACUCGAAGCGUAUAGCGACGUGUAGCGGAGACGGGUUCUGCAUCAUUCGAACCGUCGAUGGGAAAGUGCUUCAUAAAUACAAACAUCCAGCGGCCGUGUUCGGGUGUGACUGGAGUCAGAACAACAAAGACAUGAUCGCGACCGGAUGCGAGGAUAAAAACGUUCGGGUUUACUACCUAGCCACGAGUUCGGAUCAGCCGCUGAAGGUGUUUACAGGCCACACGGCCAAAGUGUUUCACGUACGCUGGUCUCCUCUCAGAGAGGGCAUCCUGUGCAGCGGCUCAGACGACGGGACGGUGCGUAUUUGGGACUAUACGCAGGACGCGUGCAUUAACGUGCUGAGCGGCCACACGGCGCCCGUCCGGGGUCUGAUGUGGAACUCGGAGGUUCCAUACCUGCUCACGUCGGGCAGUUGGGAUUACACCAUCCGCGUCUGGGACACCAGGGACGGAACCUGUCUGGACACUGUCUACGACCAUGGAGCAGACGUAUACGGGCUGACGUGCCAUCCCAGCCGCCCCUUCACCAUGGCGUCCUGCUCCAGGGACUCCACCGUACGACUGUGGUCCCUCACGCCCCUCAUCGCCCCGCUGAUCAUCAACAUCCUCACCGAUCACAGCUGGGACGACAUCAUCGGAAACACCGAUCGAGCGAUGGUUCCCGGUGCUCCUCCGCUGCUCUGUGGUAAACUGUCCCGAGACAUCAAACAGGAGCUGGACAAGCUCUCCAGCGACGUCCGUACGAAGAAACUGCGCUGGUUCUCCGAAUGUUUCUCGCCCCCAGGAGGAAGUCAUAAUCUGUGGGACCUGGUGGCUGUGAUCAUGGGACAAGACGACAGCUUACUGCCCCAGAAUUACGGCCAGGGCAUCAUGCACAUGAAACAUCUCGUACGCUUCAAAACGUCAGAAGCCCAGGAGCUGACCAUCGUGAAGAUGUCGAAGUUCGGAGGAGGGAUUGGAGCCCCCAGUAAGGAGGAGAGGCUGAAGUCAGCAGCAGAAAUCCACCUGAGAUUAGGACAGAUCCAGAGAUACUGUGAACUCAUGGUGGAGCUCGGAGAGUGGGAGAAAGCGCUGUCUGUGGCUCCUGGAGUUUCCAUGAAGUACUGGAAGAAGUUAAUGCAAAGGAGAGCAGAUCAGCUGAUACAGGAGGGCAACGACGACGUGAUUCCAUACUGCAUCGCUACGGGGGACGUGAAGAAGCUGGUACAUUUCUUCACAUCCAGAGGGCAACUAAAGGAGGCACUGCUGGUGGCACAGGGAGCGUGUGAGGGAAACAUUCACGCACCUUCAGUUUCCUCCAUCAGUCAGUCAGCGGCUACAGACAACGACAACAUCGAGGCCUACGCUGGGUUGUUACGUGGGGUGUGUAAGGAUUUAGCUGAGUGGUAUUUUCAGGAUGGUUGUGCCGUGCUGGCAGCCUGCUGUCAUCUAGCUGUGGAAAAUAUAGAGUUAGCGAUGGCCAGCCUGAUCAGAGGGAACGAGCUGGAGCUGGCGGUGUGUGUUGGAACCGUUCUGGGAGAAUCAGCAGAAAAGGCCACACACUACGUCCUGGAGCUGCUCGCCAGGAAGUACAUGACCAGCACGACGUGGGAUUUGGCAGUCAGGCUCCUCCAGAUGAUCCCCGAUAACGAAACGCUCUUAGCCAAACUUUGCGCUUUUUACCCAGGAAGCUCAGCCGAGAGGAACGACCUGCACGAAAAGUGUGGAUUACCGAGUUUGGAGGAGUGUAAGGAGCUGGCGGAGGAGGAGUACAGUCAGGGCCGAAUCUUGCAGGCUGUGAAGUAUCACUUACUCAGUCCAGAACCUGAGAGAGCUCUUCCCAUCGGCAUCGCCUUCAUUAAAGAGCAGUUGAGCAGUCCAGACUGGACCGUGGACUCAAUUUAUCCCAUCCUGGAUCUGCUGAGCUACAUCAGGACCGACCGACUCGUUCUCACCAAGUGUGGCGAGGAGCGUAAUGAGCUGCUCAUUUUGUGCGGGUACGUCGGCGCUCUCUUGGCUAUAGGACGGCAGUAUUCCAGCAUCGUCCCGGCGCUCUAUGAAUACACCAGUCAGUUGUUGAAGAGGAGGGAGGUGGAUCUACCUCUGCAGAUAGAACAGCUCUCAGUGGAGCUGGACGCCUGGAGAACCUGCACACACUCGCUCAACAGUGGAGCAGAAGAGACGCCGUACACCCCCCCAACAGAGGCACAGAGGACCGAGUACGCCCGUCUACUGAGCCGCAUGAGGGAGGAGCCACUGAGGGGCCUACAGGGGCCCGAUUAUGUCACAGGUUCCAGCCUGCCGAGCCAUUCAGACGUCCAGGUCUCCUGCUUCACUGGCCUCAGGAUACAGGGUCCCGUGUUUUUUCUGGAAGACGGCAAGUCGUCCAUCUCCCUCAACGAUGCCUUGAUGUGGGCCAAGGUGAACCCGUUCUCUCCACUGGGGACGGGUAUACGUCUCAAUCCCUUCUGAUUCUGAUCACCAGAACGUACACCGAGGUGUGGACGGUCUCACUCCAGUCAGAAACGAGGACGUCUGCUGGUCAGAGACGCUGUACAUCUGUAUUAUCUGCAAAAGUAAAUGGACAUCAGCGGAGAAACUAUCACCAACCUUCACUGAGGAUUUAUUGAGUUCCUGCUGUUUGAAGGUGCUUUUGUUUAUUAGCACAUGAAGAAGAAAUGAGCAGUAUUGUUUUAUCAGCAUCAGUGCAGAUGGAACCGGGACCAGGAAAUCUCAGAGCUGGUUUUAAAGUGACUGUUUAGUCAUUUAGUAGGAUUGUAUUAAAUGUAGAUCAUACAGAAAAAUCUGAAGAUUGUUUAGCAUCUGUGCUCAAUAUACAUUUCAUUAUUAUUAUUAUUAUUAUUAUCAUAAAUGAGGUUAUCUUGUUUAGAAUGAAUUUUAUGAGGUAAAGUUAUUUUUAAAAAAAAAACAUAAAGCUUCCCCCUAAAUUAAAAAGUGUGGUUUGGGUCAAAUCAUUUAUCUUAGUGGAGCAUUACAUCACUAUCCUGAUUUGAAUAAAACUGCUCAAGUAAAUGCUGAUUUGCUUAUAGUCCUUCAGUGAUCAUAGUGCGUGCCUUAAACCAGUGGUUCUCAACCAGGGGGCCGGGGUCACUAGGGGACCUCAGUGAGCCUAGAGGGGGGCCCCCAUUGCAUUUAAUUUAAAAGAGUAAAAAAGAAUCACACAUAAUGGGACAGGAAAAUCAAUAAACGAUUAGCAUAUGGGAGAUUUCUUGUUAUGUCAUAUAGACCUAUUGUAAAGUACAUACACCGAUUAGGCAUAACAUUAUGACCACCUUUCUAAUAUUGUGUAUUCUGACACCUUUUUAUCAGAACCAGCAUUAACCUCUUCAGCACUUGGCCGCCCAUGACCCUGUCACCGGUUUACCACUGUUCCUUCCUUGGACCACUUUUGAUAGAUACUGACCACUCCAGACCGGGAACACCCCACAAGAGCUGCAGAAUUAGAGACGCUCCGACCCAGUCGUCUAGACAUCACAAUGUGGCCCUCGUCAAACUCACUCAGAUCCUCACGCUUGAUCACGCUGCUUCUAACAUCAACUUUGAGGAUAAAAUGUUGUUGUUCACUUGCUGUCUAAUAUAUCCCCCCCACUAACAGGUGCCGUGAUGAAGAGAUAAUCAGUGUUAUUCACUUCACCUGUCAGUGCUCAUAAGGUUAUGUCUGGUCGGUGUAUAGUGUACGUUGGGUCAAUGGACGGUGGACAAUGGACAGCAACUAUGGUAGAUUCCGGUUCAGUUGUUGAUGCAGAUCUUGCUAAAGUAGAUCCUGGUAAGGAAGCUCCUACCAUACGUUUCAUAGAAGUGAACCCACUACGUAAAGAUUCAUACCUUAAUCGUAAAUUCAUCCAAUUUCCCAUGAGCAAGAACACACUACCAUUUGUCAUCCUUGCUAAAAGUGUGAGAAUAAGAUAAUAAACCAUGUUAAGGGGGUCCCACAAAUUUUUUGUUGAACACAGGGGGGUCUAAGAGUUAAAAAGGUUGAGAAUCGCUGAUGUCUGUAUUAGCAUGACGUGCUACAUGAGGCCAUGUGAACAUCCAGCAUUUGAUUUCUGAUUGUAGUUUCUUCAGACUCCACUGUGACCGUAGCUUGUUUACUUGCAUGUUGUGUGAGGAGAGAUUUAUUCAUUCAGAGAUUCUGUACAUUUCGUCGAAUUGUAGAGACGAUUUAAAACUAAAUGCACUGUGAACUGUAUUUAUUGAUUUAUUGAUUUGUGAUUUUUUUUCCUCGGCUGAACAAGGUGUAGCUGGAAUCCUAAAACCUUCAGACAGUACAGACAGAAUACACAAACGUUAUAUAUUCAUUUAUUUAUUGUUUACAGCAUUAUAGUUGGGAUGCUUUGAAGAAAACGCCUCUCAAACUGUGCAGUUAGGGGAUCUGACAAAAAAAUAAAGAGCCAGCAGUUGUGAUCAUGAUUUACUUCUUAUUAAAAUAAUCAAAUCGA